AUGAGCGGAUUCAGCUGGAAAAGUCUAGAUAAUGAACAGGUGCAUAUUGCUUGUGGGCCACAGAUAAUAAAUAGUAUUGAUGAGCUGACAUUUCAACUAUUUCAAUAUGACGAAUUAAUGAAGCUUGAUAAGAAUGAAAGCACAUCGUCAUUUUUCCAUGAUUUAAAUAAAGAAGUGUGGAAGUCAUUGACGCCACCUCCAAUUUCUCUUCUCUUAAAAGAAGGCAAAAGUAAAAUUUUGGAUAUUGGAUGCUCGUCAGGCGCAUGGAUAUUAGAAAUGGCUCAAGAAUUUAAAGAAUCUGUGCUUGUUGGACUAGACGGUAAAACAGCUGAAUUUCCUAAAGACACACCAUCAAAUGCCGCGUUUAUUGAAUGUAAUGUUUUAGAUGGAAUUCCAUUUCCUGAAAACACGUUUGAUUAUGUACACCAAUCGGGAAUGUUAUCAUCAUAUACAACAAACGAAUGGCGAACAAUAAUAUACGAUAUUGUUCGAGUAUUAAAACCAGGUGGUUAUGUGGAGAUAUCUGGAUUGGAUUUUCGAUACAGUAAAGCCGGACCUGUAACAAAGAAAAUUCAUCGAGCUUACGUAACUUAUAUCGAAUCCAAGGGAAAAUCAUAUUCAAUAAUACCAUAUUUGGAUGGAUUCUUGCGAGAUCUUAACGCAAUUCCCGACAUAAAAUUCGACGAACAAGCGGUUGCUAUCGGUACUUGGGGUGGAAAUCUAGGUGAAACAAUGCAACAAAAUCAUUUAAAUGUGUAUCGAGAUCGAGCUAUUGCUCCAAACCUGGCAUCAAUACUGGAAAUGAAUGAACAAGAGUAUAUCAAUCAUUCUCGACCAAUAAUAGUCAGAAUGGAAGUAACGGCAGACAUCUAA